GAAAUGAUGUGAAGAGCACCUAGCUAGAGAACUUCUAGCCUUAACAUUGGCAUCAAUUUGCUUAAAUAUAUACCACCCAGUUGCUGCAAGUACUGUAGGAAGUGAUCAUAAGAACAAUGAUCCAACCCAAAAUUCUUAGCACAAUGAUAGAACAAUGAUCCAACCCAAAAUUGUUAGCACAAAAUCAAAAUCCUUAGGGGGGGAAAACAUUUUUGAUAAUUUGAUGUUGGUUAUGUGUACCUGCAGGCUUUCAUGCAUGCAUGGAGAGCAGCAUGCAAGUCCAAUGUGCAAGCCAGGCUUCUGAUCCCUAAGGGAAGAUUCGUCGUUUCCACGAUGUUUUUCGCAGGACCGUGUUUGACUCCAGGGCCUAUUACAAUCCAAGUUGUAGGCACUGUUGCGGCUACAACAGACAUCAGUGAGUAUGCGAAUGGUGAAUGGCUCAUGUUUGAGGAACUGGAUGGUAUAAAGCUUAUCGGUGGUGGUACUUUUGAUGGCAUGGGUAAGGGAUCAUGGGCAACUGCUGAGAACUGUGAAGCAGAUGAAUCCAACAAUUGCGUCAGAAACCCUAGUAGUAUUUAUUUCCACAAUGUGAGGAAUGGAAUUAUACAGAACAUCAAAUCCGUAGACCCCAAAGGCUUUCAUCUUUUUGUCACUAGCUGUGCUAACAUCAGACUCCGAUUACUUAAGCUCACUGCACCAGCUACCAGCCCCAACACCGAUGGAAUUCAUAUUAGCAACUCCAUCGAUGUAAAAUUAUCCAAAAAUAUCAUUGAAACUGGAGAUGAUUGUGUUUCCAUGAUACAAGGAGUCAACAAUGUUACUAUCAACAAACUGAAAUGUGGCCCUGGACACGGUAUCAGUAUUGGAAGUCUUGGAAAGUAUCCGGAAGAGCAAGAAGUGAAAGACAUUCGUGUCAAGAACUGCACGAUGGUUGGCACAACGAAUGGCCUCAGAAUCAAGACAUGGCCUGAUAAGUAUCCAGGUGCUGCAUCAGAUAUCACCUUCGGUGACAUUGUCAUGGACAAGGUUAAAAAUCCUAUCAUCAUUGACCAAGAGUAUGAAUGCGAACCGGCAAACUGCAAAAAGAAGCCUUCACUUGUAAAUAUAAAAGAUGUUGUUUUUUCAAACAUAAGGGGAACCACAAUUUCACCAAUUGCAGUGGAUUUAAGGUGUAGCAAGCAGUUCCCAUGCCAAGAUAUUAAACUUCAGAACAUAGACCUGAACCUUGGACCCAAGCCUUCCGGUUCUAGAUGUGCCAAUAUAAAACCAAUCUAUACGGGUGUUCAAAGGCCAGCAGCUUGCCUAUAAGUACUUGAAAUUUCAUGCACUUUGCAGCUCUGGCAAUAAAGAGGGAAUGAAAAGUAAUGUUUUGGACAAUCAGACCAAAUGAGGAAAACAAGUGGAAAAGGUUUUCAACGAUGGUUUUUAAGGAUGAUUUUUAAGUACUGGAGUAGGGGAAAAGGUUUUCAAGGAUGGUUUUUAAUCCCAAUUAAUUAGCUGAAGCCAAAAAAACCUACUUUAACCCUUUUUAGUUCACUUGCUGUCUGAUUUCCAAUCUCUCCUCUUGAACAACAAUUCUGAAUCAAUUGAAUCAACUUCCAUACCUUGUUUUCUGUAUAUAGAAAAACCAGAAAUUGUAUACAAGUGAAUUAAGUACUUUUUUCAGCCUUGUGUAUUAUGUACUCAAAAGUGUAAAUAGAAAUAUUUCCUCUCAGCCAGUUAGGUAAGGAAUUCAUGUAUAUUAACUGACUGAGAGGAGUAAAUCUCAAAGUAUGUCAUUCUUGGUUAUUAAUUUUAUCACAAAAUACCAGAGAGUGAACACUUCA